AUGUCUUCGCCGUUAUUAUUACCGCAAGAUACCAUCACCAGGAUCAAGAAUCAAGGCGCAAACCUGAUUACCGAUGAGCAGAACGGCUCACGCAAGGUUUCUUUGAGCCUCGUCAGCGCAUCGGCAUCCCGCUCAUCUUCAGCUUCACUAGUCGACGAAACAUACAUCAGUAUUCCCGUACGACUUGAGUCGGCCUCAACGUUUGAGUUCCUUUGUUACACAGCAGAGAAGGCAAAGCAGAUCUUCGAUACACUCGUCCUCAAGCAACAGGAGACGCAUACCACAUUAAACAUCGAUGGCUAUGCGACGGCACAUGCGACGAGUAUCUGUGAUAAAGCACAAGAUUCAACUGAUGAUUGGUUCACAGUCAUGAAGGAGGCAGGCAUCAAGGACGAAAUCCAGACCGCGCUCAUGAAAAAGGAGCACGAGAGAAUCCGGAGGACAUGUACGCUCUCCAGGUGGAUUGAGGUUAUCAUCGAGACAAACUAUCUCGCUUUAGUGGAGCUGAACGCCAGGAUUUUAUGCGAACUAGGCGAGCCAGCAGAACUUCCAUUACGUGGAGGCGGAGAAGACGAGUACACCAUACCACAGAUGCCCGGUGGCCAUUUGGCCAUUUUCAAAAGUGUCGAGUACAGCCGAGCCUCCGGAUGUAUCUCGGAAGACGGCUCAAUGGAUCUUGGCCGACUGGAGAGUUCCGGACCAACCGACUUCGCGCGCAGGGGUGGACUAUACUUUACCCAUCAGUUAUGGGUCGCACGUCACUACUCAGCGCUAAUUCACGAUGCUUGCCCCGUUUCAGAUCGCCGAACCGUCGAGAUUCACGUCCCUUUAGCUCAUCUUGACAAAGUGAAGACCUGGGAUCUGAAACCGGAUGAAGAUGAUUCUAAACGCCUACUAUAUUUCUCUCGGCGCGACGAAAGGUACCCAAAAGACAUCUCGCAGAAAAGGGCCGCCCACGGCGUCAUCCAAGGCGCCAUUGCGCAUACGCACAAUUUGGCCUUUGCCAAGAUGUCAUCGUGGCAAGAAGUAACCGAGAAGCACAUUCUCAUGGAAGACGACGAGGACGGCGCACCGCUGAAGAUUGCUAAACAGUACGUUUGGAUUAAAGAGGGCGCCAUUGAGCAAUUGGAAGAAGAUUGUGUAGGCAAGGUCUAUCUUCGUCUCCCGGAGUAUGGCUUCAGAAAGGUCGCGCAACCGUGGGAUGAUAUGUCGAGCAAGAGCAAAGCAGCUUUGGUGUAG